AUGUCCCCAUCGGCGCGAAGUUCCCACCUUCGGAGUAUGCUCAUCAAACGAGACGGUGACAAAUGUGUUGUUACUGGAGCUCCAAACCUGGUCCAUACAGCACAUUCCCCUGGUCCUGUCCGUGAAACAUUUAUCCAAGCUGCCCACAUCCUGAGAAGAUCCAUUAUUCACAACCAUCCUGGAAGUCACAUCGCAGGAACACUUGACAUCAUUAAGCACUAUACCAAGCUUCCUACAAGUGUCAUAGACGACAUGACCAGGAUGAUUGACCAGCCAGAGAAUGGAAUGCUGCUUACACAGGAACUACAUGGUCUCUUUGACAACUACGCAUGGUGCCUACACCCCACACAUGUUUUGCAUGAAUACACUAUUCAUUGGCUUUGUGAUAUGCCGGUUGGUUUCGAGAAUUUCAUGGACGUCCGAUUCCACGAUUGCUCUCAAAGUGGUAUUCACCUUCCGAACCCGACACUCAUUGCACUCCAUGCUGCUGUCGCCCAUGUUCUCAACCUUAGCAGUGCUGCAGACAUUAUAGAUAAGGUUUCUGAUCAAUUCCUCGACGAAGGUCCUACAGUGCCAUCCGGAAAUCGUGCUAGCAGGGAAGAUACCCUUCUAGGAUGCUCACCAAUUGAGUUGACAACGGCCAGUCACCAACUACCAACAAACCAUUAUGGGGAGGCCGCUACCCACACUUUCGUGAGACCGAUCUAUUGA